GUGGGAGGUAAUGCACAUGCGUGCAGGGGUCCUGAGGGUCCCUUAAAUAUCGCCAGGCGGACGCGGGCGGCCUCUUUCCCUGCCGCCGCCAAGCCGCGCGGAGGCGGAGGCUCGGGUGCGCUCAAGAUUCGGCUUCACCCGUAAUCCACCGCCAUGGCCGAGGAAGGCAUUGCUGCUGGAGGUGUAAUGGACGUUAAUACAGCUUUACAAGAGGUGCUGAAGACCGCCCUCAUCCACGACGGCCUAGCACGUGGAAUCCGCGAAGCUGCCAAAGCCUUAGACAAGCGCCAAGCACAUCUGUGUGUGCUUGCAUCCAACUGCAAUGAGCCCAUGUAUGUCAAGUUGGUGGAAGCCCUUUGUGCUGAGCACCAAAUCAACCUUAUUAAGGUCGAUGACAACAAAAAACUAGGGGAGUGGGUAGGCCUCUGCAAAAUAGAUCGAGAGGGAAAACCCCGUAAAGUGGUUGGUUGCAGUUGUGUCGUGGUUAAGGACUAUGGCAAAGAGUCUCAGGCCAAGGAUGUCAUCGAAGAGUACUUCAAAUGCAAGAAAUGAACAAAUAAAUUUAAAAAGUUGA